CCUGCGCUCCACUGACCAACGCAACAGACUAAAGAGACUGGCGCCUGCAGGUUUUUUAAAAACAUAGAUUUAACGCUUCGUGGCGUGAAACGCGGCAUCCUGGAGCUUUUGGCAUUCUCAAAACUUUUUAAAGGUCCUUCCUGACGCAGACCUGUUUGACAUUUCGAGCUGAUGAUAUUUGGCCUGCUUGUCAGAGCAAGGCGGUUCCUUUCUGUGGAAGGCACCUCUGAUAAAGCGUGACAGGCAAGUUGAAGCAGGACUGAAGGUGUGGCGGCUGCAGUCGUGAGGAGGAGCACCCACUGUGCCAUUCAAGUGUCACGAAGGAAAACUUUUUUGGAACUUGUUGUGCAGUCGGGCUCGAUUCUGUCAGUGAGUACUUGAUUGUGUGGUAGGAGGCUGACUGAUCCGAGAACAGCUCUGCAGCAGCAGGGACGUCGCAAGUUGGAUAUCGCGUUCUCUCCGGCACCUGAAAGCAGAAUCUUGAUUUCAUGGACAUUUUUCCCUUGAGAGCCGGACGAGCUUUGCUUGUGGCUAUGGAGAGAGCUUAGGAAUUAGCCAAGGAAGAGAGCUGGUCUGAUCUCUUUGUGCCCCUUGCUACCUCAUUUCUGGCCUUGUUUUUUACUUUUUCACAGCACUUCCUUUCCUCGUCCUUCUUCAUCACUUCUAACACAGUUAACAUGCGUCGAUUCAGCUCUGAGGGUUCCCUCCUGGAUCUCGACUUUCCACUAUGGAAGAAGGUGACACUGAAGAACCCAGAUUAUGGGAAAAACCAGGAGUCUGGCACCUACACCCCUCACUUACAGGGGGAUGAGCUGGACGGUGAAUCGGGUAGAAUGAUUCCAAUCAUCCAGGAGCCCACAGAGAGUCCUGGUGAGAUGAGGAAGCCUGAGCUGAGUAGGAAGCACAGCAUGAGUGCAGAGAACCUAAGUGAGCUGGGAAAACUGGAAAAUAGCCACCUUGGAGUCUGUGUCAUCAGUGAAACCAGCCGGGCUUACAGUGACAGCCAGCUGUUCCCGGCUACUCAGGUUAGCACCAAGGAGGACCAUCUGCCUUCAUCAUCUGCUUCGCCCUCCUCCAGCCCCUUUAAAAUGGAGCACAGACACCGACAGGGAGCCAGACUCUCAGCUGCGAAGCUGCACCUCAAGAGUCUUUUUACACAGAGUCCUCAUUCAUCAAACUCCAACCUGGCCAACACAGAACACAAAGACAGUGCCAAAGAGAGGAGGUCCCGCAUCCUCUUCAUGCGUCAGUGGAGUCAAGUGGGCCACAGUAAGAAGAGGAAGUUCAAUCACGAUGAGCUGGAAAAAUGGGCGGAGUCCUUAAAUUCCCUGCUUGCCUGUCCAACUGGUGUUUCAGUAUUUGGAGCAUUCCUGCGCUCAGAGUUCAGUGAGGAGAAUCUGCAGUUCUAUCUGGCCUGUGAGCAGUACAGACAUUCCUCCAACAACUUCAGCCUGCAGAGGAGGGCCCGAGACAUCUGCGCAACCUACAUCCAGCCAGGGGCCCCCCGGGAGGUAAACCUGGACAGUAAAACCAGAGAACUGACAAUCCAGCUGCUGCAGGCUCCCUCUCGCACCUCUCUGUCCCAUGCACAGAAACGUAUCUACUCACUUCUGGACUCAGACUGUUACCCACGCUUCCUCCAGUCUGACAUCUACCUCUCCUUACUCCAGGAGGCCGACUAGAUGCCCGAUACCUGGACUCAGGAGAAAGAAUGGAGGCUCAGUGGUUUUCUGGACUGGCAGAAGUUCCUGAACACUGUAAAUGACGAAGCUAAAAAUGUUGUCAAAAGAUAGCGCUACUGUGUAGAAAAUGUGUUUAAAAAAACGUUGAUACCAAUUGGACACUGUGUAGAAAUGUAAGUCACUUUUGGGAAAUUAGUGGAGAAUUAGAAAGAAAACAAUCACAAAGAGUACGAAGGCUGAACUGGCAUUACCGUCCAUCCAAAGAGUAAUGAGAGAGUUUGUGUAGGUUUGAUUGACUGAGGUGAACACACAGACCUUGAUAGGAUCUAACAGCAAGUGAUCUGGUCUCUCUCUCACAUAUACAGACCAUCAUUAAAAAAAAAAAGUUGCGUUCACUAAAAUCUGUUUUCUUUCAUGUUAACUUUUUUGUUUUUUUUGUUUUUUUCUGUUUCAGUCUUGCAGAAUAUCUGAAGCUGUGACAUUAAUGUUUUUUUUUUUGUUUUGUUUUGGUCAGUAAAGCAAACAGCAGUUUGAGUCUGAAUAUUUUUAGUAGUUAUAUUGUUAUG